AACAGUGAAGUUAACCUAAAAAAAAUCCUCAAAUUAUUACCUAAGUUGUGAUUUUCAGUGAAUUAUUAUUGAACAACUGAAUCCCGACGAAUUCUCCCCAAAUACAACAAUAACAGGAUCUCAUCAAUUCUCGAGCUAUCGACGGAACGUCAAUUGAUGAGAAAUCAUUAAUUUUGUGAUAAAACCAUUAACUCUAAAUGAACAAUAAAAUUCAAUUUUCUACUGUCAAAAUCGUAAACGUUAAUUGAUAUUUGAGGAUUGAUUAAAUAAAUUAAAAUGUCGUCUGACGUUCGUGAUAUUCUGGAUAUCGAGGGUCCAGCAGCUACAGAAUUAACUCGUGAGUCAAUAUUUGGAAACGACAAGAAGACAAAACGUAAAUAUGAUUAUCAAAAUAAAGUGCCAAAACGUCCGGAGGGAAUGCACAGAGAGGUCUUUGCACUUUUGUGUAAAGAUAAUACUGAUGUACCACCUCUCUUUCCUACUGAUACUGGAAAGGGGUACAAACAGGUGAGGGCAAAGCUGGGGAUGAAAAAGGUGAGAAAUUGGAAGUGGACACCAUUUACAAAUCCUGCGAGAACUGAUGGAGCUGUUUUUCAUCACUGGAGACGAGUCGCUGAUGCUGGAAAAGAAUAUCCCUUCGCUAAAUUCAAUAAAAAAGUUCCUGUUCCCAAUUAUUCGAACGCUGAAUAUGUCCAGCACUUGGUGAGCAGUGGCUGGACAAGAGCUGAAACUGAUCAUCUGUUUGACCUGUGCAGAAGGUUUGAUUUGAGGUUCAUCAUCAUUCAGGAUAGGUGGGACACUUCUAAAUUCACUGCUAGAACUGUUGAGGACUUGAAGGAGAGGUAUUACCAGGUUUGCGGGGCCCUGACAAAAGCAAAAUCUCACAGUGAUAAAAUUUAUAGUUUCGACGCUGAACACGAGAAACGCCGCAAAGAGCAAUUGAAAAAGCUCUUCGAGCGAACCCCAGAGCAAGUAGAAGAGGAGCAAACGUUGCUCACAGAAUUGCGUAAGAUCGAACAGCGAAAGAAAGAGCGAGAUCGUAAAACGCAAGAUCUGCAGAAGCUGAUAACAGCCGCUGAUCACCAGGCGGAUCCCAGGAAGAGCGAGAAAAAGGCUGUGAAGAAAAAUACAACAACCUCUCGAAACAGGCCAAAUAAAUCGGAUGCCGCGUACACCCAGAAGCUCCAGGUGGUCGAGUCAGCGGGAAUAAAAUUUCCCGAUUUUAAAAAUAGCGGUGUGAGCCUACGAUCUCAGCGAAUUAAAUUGCCAAGCAGUCUUGGCCAGAAGAAGAUGAAGGGAAUCGAGCAGAUGCUCAAUGAACUCCAGAUUGAGCUCAAUCCACCUCCCACCGAACAAAUUUGCCAGCAAUUUAAUGAUCUGCGGAGUGACAUUGUACUUCAUUACGAGUUGAGAGGUGCCCUCGCUACUUGUGAUUAUGAGUUGCAGUCGUUGCGUCAUCAGUACGAGGGUCUCGCUCCUGGAAAGACCCUGACAAUACCGCCUGCCCUUUUACCCAAGAGUGAACCCGAGGCGAAGGUGGAUAUUAUUGACGUCGUCGGAUCACCAACAAUGCCCAAUGCGACACAAUGAAUUCCAAGUAUUUUUCAUUUGAAUAAAAUCAUCCAGUAACGAGAUGGUGCUGGAUUUAAUAUUUUCGCAAUUAUCCAUUUAUUUCCAUAACCAUUGGUUUAUUUAUGAAAAAAAAAUUAAAUCUUUAAUAAACCGUUGAGUUCGACUUACCUGGCAGGUGUUGAAUGAUUAUCCAGUGUUCUGAAAUUAUUUACCACUCGACAGCUGAAAUAAAUUGUUAUAAUUUUCGAAGAAUUUCAAGUAAUGACGUUGUAAUAGAAACGAUCUUGAACUGUACUCAGGCAUGAGCUGUAAAUAAUAAGACGAUUUAAUCUUAUAUAUCUGUGUAUUUUAUAUUGUCGACAAAAAGUAACAAUUUACGGUCAAACCGUAUAAUUUAUCUACAACAAUCUACAAUAGAUUACAAUAUGUUCUUUCAUGUUUUUUUUUUCUUCAUUAUUCAAUUACUUAAUUCAUUAAUCAUUGUUAGGCUGGUGGAGAGAAAGAAGACGAAGGGAGGAGGAUUAAAUUGGGGGAGAGAGGAUGGUCUGAAAACACACCACACAAGCCCUCCACUGCUCUCACUCAAAUAUUAUUUAGUCGUUAUCUGUUAAUUCGAGGUAUCCUCUAUUUUUUUUUUUAAUUUAUUUAAUUCUUUUUCAUCACUCUUGCUACGAUGAGAAAUUUACUCGGAUAUUUCUAGCUGUACUUGGUACGAAAUAAUGCAUAGAUAUACGUAAUCGGCAAUAAUCGAUAGGGCCCAUCAACCCGACUCUUGCGUGUGGCAUAUUGGAGUGUAUUCUCGACAUUGGGUUUUCUCAUUUCUCCAUUUAUUUUUUUUUUUCAUCGUCGAAAGAUUCAACUCCUUUUUGUGUUAUUCCUAUUAUUAUCAUCAUUUUUAUUUCCCAAAGUAGUCACUGGAGUUGGAUUUUUAUUGACCGGUCAUGCACAGGCAUCUACUCGACAAGAAUGAGUAGUUAUCGUUUAAAAAUUCAUUCUCGUAUGUAUUUUCUCUUUAUUUAUUCUCGUUUGUACAAAGAUGUGCCUAGGAGGGGGAGGUAUUCAAUCAUAAACUUCAAAGGGAAAUUAAAAUAGUUGGAUGAUCAACGUUCAUGACCCAGUGCCCUUCCUCAAGUUUUUACAUUUCAUUUUAUUGUAUUAUCUCAAUUUCCCGUUUGGUUGAAAAAUCCGAUAAUUAUUCUGGCGAUUCGGUUAAGCAAAAAAUGAAUUCAAUAGUAGAGUAUAAAUACAGCAUUAAGAUAGAUUAUUUGUGGAGAAGAGGGAGAAUGGAAGCGAAAGUCGUUUUGGUACUAGUCGUGGCUCUUUUUAUUCGUCACUCAAUGUUUUCAUUUCUUAAUCUCUUAUCAGUAAUGCAAUAACUUCUAGGAUAGCACCCCUAGGUUUUUAGCAAUUGGAUCUACCAAUUGCUUCCCUGCGCACCUUUUCUACAGCAUUUUAAAAUCGUUAAUUCGUCGAUCUGUUCUAUUAAUUGAGUAGAAACCAGGUGAGAAAGCGUAACAUGAAUAGUCGAAAUUUUUCAAAAACAAAAAUCAUCAUCCACCACAGGCAUUACCAGAACAUGAGUGAUUUGCGUUAAUACAAGUUUUUCUUCAUAUAGUGAAUCUGUUGUUUUAUCAGCCGCUUAACAGAGUAGUUGUAUUCAAAAUACUUUAGUGCAAGAAACUCUUCGAUUAAUCAUCUCCAUUUUUGAUGGUAUUUGUCUCAUUUCAUGACCGAUGAUGUGCAGCUGACGUAUGGGUACAAUUAAUGAACAAUCAAUCGGAGGGAAAAUUAAUAAAAGUAAAAAAGGCUAUCGUACAAAAUUCUCAUUUGACAAUUAAAAAUUUUCACCUAUAAAAACAUGCACGAAGCACACAAAAUAUGUUCAUUAAAUAUUGUUACAAUUUACGUCACACCUCUGGCCCAUAAUUUUUUGUUAAUUAGCGAAAGAAAUAAAAGGACGCUGUUUUCAUAAUGGAGUUGCACAUAGCAGAUAACUGGAGGGACAGAUCUAUAUUUUUUAUUUGAUAUGAGGGCACGUACAAACAUAACAGUCAGCUUCGGUCGUUUAAAGCCUCAUCUUUAUUUUUUUCCCCUCGUUCACACUAAAAAGCGAGGCAUAAAAUUUUGGACUACGCUUUUCCAUAAUGAUUAUUAUUAUUAUUAUUCAUCAUCUCGUCGUUUAAGUUGGCAAGUAUAUAACAUAUUCAAUAGUAAUUUUUUAUACCUAUAUGUACGUGAUUAAUGUAUGAUUUCCCUUGUGUAUAAUAAUCUCAAACAAUUUGCAGUAACGGACCAAAAAAUUACGGACUUUAUAUAUAUUUUUUUCUCAUUAUUUAAUCAAUUGUUUUUUUUUUUUUAUAAUUCAACAUGUAACAUGAGGAACCGUGCUUAGCAUAAGACAUUGCCUACAUAACACGGUUACUUUAUUUUCCUUUAUCUCAAAUAUAUUUAUUUAUCAUUUGUUGUCAGGCGUUAUAAUGAGCACGUCUCGAACGCCGGAAUCAUUGGUAUUCCCCUAAUUCAUUCUCAUAAUCUUUCCGUCCUAUUUAUAUUUAAUAUUUUCCAGGCGAUCGCAAGCAAAGCCAUUUUAUUUAGCUAAUCAAGUGUGAACAUCACGUAUUCACAGCUCGUAUUAUUUAUACCUCAUUAUCAAUUUAUGAUCGAUAUGUAUAUACAUAUAUACACAUACGGAUAUGUACAGAACAACAUAUGCAUAUGUAUAUGUGAAUAUAUUUGAUAUAUCUGUAUAUAUGUAUAAUACAUUUUCGGGGUAGUUUCUACAGUUCAUCGUCUGUUGCUUCAAUUUAUUCAACAUUUAUCAUCGAUUGAUUAAACUUUUAUCGAUUGAUAUAUCAUUAAUACUCUGAUAAAUUCUCACGCAUCAACUAGUCGCACGCUCGCUCACUCGCUCCUCUUAUCUAAUUAAUGGUUUUUCAUCAUUGAAUUGUUCAUCUCAUCGCCUGCUUUCGUCCCUUAUUACCUAAGGGAUUCAUCUAUACAUGUAUAUACUAUACUAUUUAUGGUAGACAACAACGAUUAACCUACGCAUGUAUUUAAAAUUUUAUACUGCUCUACUCGUAUUUCGUAUAUGCCGUAAAAAUUUUGUAUAUAAGGAUAUAAUAAAUGUUAAGUUUGUUUUAUUCAGUUUUUUUUUUUUUGCUGUUUUUUCUCGUUAUUUUCUUUACAUUUUUUGGGAUUUUGGUGGUUACUUUUGAUCGGUGUCUAAGCACGGGUUUCAAAUCAUCGCUGUGGGGCCAGUAUCAUAAAUUAUACGCGUUACUUCAUUGCCAAUUGUUUAUCAUUACUCAGGUGUUCGUUAUAAUUUCAUGUGACUCGGUGGUGUUGGGUGCCCAGCUCGUCGAUAUCAUCAUUUAUUUCAAUAUUUUAAUUUUUUUUAAUCAUCGAACAGCGGCAAUCAUUGACCAUCUUCUUACUAAACCACGGUCGUGUAAUUAACGAGUUAAAAAAAUCGUACGCUAAUUUUGAAAUGCAUCAUUGUUAUUGUUCCUGUAUAGCGAUUUUUUGUUUUUUUUUUAUUUGUACAAAUAUGCAUUCAAAACGAUGUCAGUCGUUUUAGUUUUUGUUCGUUUUGGUUUUUAUCGUUUCUAGGGCCUCUAGUUGAAUCGAGUCAACGUGGAGAAAAAUUUAUUACAAAAUUCAGCCUGACGUUGGAAAAUGAGAUGUUGUUCAGUAAAAAUUUCGAAGAGGUAUUGUAAUUUGUUCAAUUAAUUUUCACAACAACGGAGUAAAAAUUGCACGAAUGAAAAAAUUUAUCAUGACGUCGGGGCAAAUUUUGUCACUAAUUUUUCUCCGGGGAAGGAAAAAAAAAUGUAAAUCAACCAAUGGGGAAUUGAGAGGUAAGCAGGCAGCACAAUUGGCUGUUAAUACUUAAUAAAUAAUCUAAAUAACUUAUCGUCUACCGUUUUUUAGUUAUUGCACUUAUCAACAGCGACGAUGGCAUUGCCGGAUGAUCAAAGCCCAGUCUUAAUGUUUUUUGUUCUUUGAGUUUUCUUCAAUUUUCCUUUUUCCUACGAUGAAAAUGUAUUUAGACGUCAAAUUUAUCACGAAUUACUCACAUAAUGUGCGAUUGGUUAAUUGAAGCUACAAUUGUUAAUAAAUUUUCAAUGAAUAUUUGCAUUCCCGUGAUUUUCGGGGUGAGUUCAAUGCUCUCUUUCAUUUUAUCGUGACAACUAUCGAGAAUACGCGAAUAUCGAUUUAAUCGCUAAAUUCGAUACUGACUCCGAAAGCGAAAUGCCUUUGCGUACGCGAAAUUUCGAUUCAUUCUAUUUUCUUCUGGUAGUGGCGAAGUUUGUGUCGUUUAAAUAAUUCCCCUCUAAGAAUUAAAUUGUUCAAUGGCCGUAAUUCGUAGCUUAUCGAUUUUAUUAAUUGUCGAUUAAUUUGUCGGGAUUUUAUGGUCGUCUCCGUGAAUCGAAACCCCAAGGAUUAAAUUGCCCAUUUUAUUUACCCCGCGAAACCACUGGUCGUUGGUUGAAAAAUAAUUCAAAAAUUUUUGGGGUGGGGCGGAAGAGACUUCAUUGUUUAUAAUUAGAAGAUGACGGGAUUUAAUGAAUCGAACUCGAAUUUUCAGGAAUUUGUUCAUUGAAAACCCAUGAUGUCACAGGAAUCGUGAAUUUUCGUUCAAUUAUUCUGUGAAAAUGGAAUUAGAAAAUUCCUCUGACUUUCAAAAAAGGGACGCUAAUUCAUUAUCGAAAAAUUCCCUUCCCUGAAAAAUAUUCUGGUUCUCUGAAAUCUUGGGAAUCUUUUAAUCCCAAUAUUUUUCAAUCAAAAUCGAAUCGAAUGAUUGACGAUGAGUUGAUGUGACACACCUUAAACACCAUUCGAUUCCCAAUGAAAUUCCCUUUGUAGUUUCCACUGUACGUCACAACUUCUCAGUACAUUCCACGAUAUUUCAACCGUCAGUGGAGAAUUUUUCAAUGAAAAAAAGAUGAAUGUCAGUGACAGCUUCCAGAAUUUUUUCACCUUCAGAAUACCCACCGAAGUCAAUUCCCCCGGAUUUUUUAUCUCACGGAUUUGAGAAUGUCUUUUCCACCCCACUCUCCCAGAGAAAAGUAUUAUUCUCAAAUGAAGACUAUUGUUCUGAAUUCUAGAACAAUUCUCGGCUCGAAAACUUGGCGACGUUGAAACGUGAAAGCAGGACAGACAAAUUUUUAUCUCAACGAAAAACGAAACAGCCCCACCCCUCGAAUUCUUCAAAAAAAAAAAAAAA